AGAGAGAGGGAGAGAGGACAGAUACAGCCCUCUCCUCUCUGCCCCGCCGAGGAGAAUAAAAACCCUGCGAAGCUCUCCACUCGCCACCGUCCAGACAGCAGAACCAGAACCGUGUCAGCCCGGCAGACACACGCUGUUCGUCAGCUUGUGGUUCAGGUGUCCUGAGCUACUGUGUGUGUGAUUGAGCGAGAUAGGUUAUUUAUACAUGUGUGUGUGACCGUAUCUCAUCACCAUGGCCUCGGAGAGUGUGACCUUGGAGAACCAACUCCACAGUGCGCAGAAUAACCUACUGUUCCUGCAGCAAGACCAUGCCAACACCCUCAAGGGUCUUCACGAUGAGAUCCGUCGCCUGCAACAGCACUGCACAGAUCUCACAUAUGAGCUGACAAUGAGGAGCUCUAAUGCAGGCGAUGAUGGUGAGGCACGCUGCAGAGAACUGCACCAUCGCUGUGAGGAACUGGAGGCUCAGCUGAAGGCUAAAGAGCAGGAAAACACAGAGCUCCUGCGGGACCUGGAACAGAAGAACGCCAUGAUCUCAGUGCUGGAGAACACCAUCCGUGAGCGAGAGAAAAAGUACCUGGAUGAGCUGAAGCUGAAGAGCCAUAAAUUGGCCGUGCUGUCCGGAGAGCUGGAGCAGAGAGCCAGCACCAUCGCCUACCUCACUUCCCAGCUCCACGCUACCAAAAAGCGCCUUCUCGCCGGGGGCACGUCAGGCUUGAGCCCCUCCGUCAGCCCUGUUGGCUCUUUCAAACCAAGCCCUCCACCUGCGGCAACUGGAAACGAUAAGGACAUCCGCCAACCCGACACCCCUCGCAGGCGCAUGCGCAAAAGUCUUUCGCAGCCACUGCACUCCGAAUACACAGAGCUGUAUCGAUUGGGUGCCACAGACGGCCGCAGGCUGGUACUGAGAGAUUCAGUCGAUUCCAUGCCAGAUCCCACACCCUUCCUGCAGGCCAGAGAGCCAGCCGCCCACGCAGAGUCGCAACCGAUUGUUCGAGAACGCCCUGCGGUAAUUCCGCCCAUUGCUUCUUCGGCCACACACCCUACGUCAUCCAGCCCCUCCCACAUGCCCAUGCCCCCGAGCCCUAGGAAUAGUCCCGCACGGGAUGUGCCCCGUGCUAACGCGCAUAUAGGAGUAGCACAUCGGAUCCACCGCUCACCCUCAGCCGGUAGAGGUGCAGCCCGGCCACAGGCAGAGGUGGAGACCCUCGCCGUGGACCAGGUCAACGGGGAGCAGGUGGUCCGCAAACGCUCGGGUACAGACAGAACUGUUUAAGACUCAUGCGCGCUUUUAAUAAUCUCCGAACACAGAUAGAAGUAUAUAAACAUAGGCGUGUUAAGACCAAUGCAGUAUAUGAAGAACUGUUUAUGACUGUGAAAACAUACAAAUGGCUCAAAUCAUCAAUGUACCUCUGACAGAAACACAUCUGUUAUUACGCUACAGAUUUAAAACUAACUAAACAUACAACAGCACAGCACAACCCCCCCGAGACAUUGAACAACACACUGAAACUGUUAAGACUGUUAUAGGAAAUUUUGAGGGAAUAUGAAUGUGUUUUUAAGAGAAAGAUGGAGACUGCGGUAAGAGCUACUGUACGUCCUGCUUUUGCUGCUUUUUAUGCAACACUGUAAAAACAGACCUUUGUUCACGAUUGGUUUAAUAACUUUUUUCUCUCAUCUCAGUCGAGGAGAACUGUGAGCAUGCCAAAAGUUUUUUUUCUCGUGCCCACCUGAGCAUCUUCUUUGCACUUUGUAUUGUUCUUUUCCGUUUGUCUUUAAUGUCCCAUUCAGUUUGAGUCCAGAUGCAAAACGCGUAUAAUGCCAAACCCGUCAUUGCCUGCUGAUUUAAUAUGCUUGGAUGCAUAUUCAUAUCUACUCAUAUUUAUUCAUGAGCACUGCAGUGGUACUGAAAUCUCCUUGAGCUCUCAUCACUCGCAUAUCUACAGGCUAAUGUGAAGAGUCUCGAUGCUCCUUAUUAAACACCUACUGAAGUCAAAGAACAAACGUCUCAGUCAC